UUUCGCAUUAUUUCUUGGAACGACACGGAAGAUCAUCAACCACAUGGAAGAUAAAAAAUUUAAUUUCUUGUAAAUUACUGAAAAUAAAUUUUGUCGAAAACAAGUAAAUAAUAUCAUUUUAGAAAAUGUUUUUAUCAAGGAGAAGAAAACAAUUUUCAACACAGUGGCCUUAUAAGGAACUUUUAAGAGAUGAUUUAUUAUCAAUACCACCUUAUGCUGUACCUUUGAAAUUGUUAAAAAUUUUAAAAAAUAAUUUAAAAACAAAUAAAUCAAAUGUUGUUGAUAAAUUUUGGACAACAUUUAUCAAAAAAUUACAUCUCAUUGAUGAAAUUGAGGAAUGUGAUUAUUUCUCUAUGUUAACAAAUCUACUCUAUUUAGAGGAAUGUUAUAAUAAUGAGUCCCUAGAAAAUACACUGAAGAUGCAAAAAAUUAAAAUUUUAUCAACAGAUAAAUCGCAUUGUUUUAUGAUAAUAUUAAAUAUUGAAGAGGAUUUUUGUUUUUUAAAAAAAGAAACUUGCGUAGACGUUCGAAAAGAAGGAAAUAGUAUAAAAUAUCCAUUGAAAAUUAUUGAAAUACACUUCAAUCAUAUUUUAGUUGAACCCGUUUAUCCUGUAGGUUUCGAGAAACAACACAAUGCAAAUGAGUAUUAUUAUAUAGAACUCGAUUAUUCAAAUUGGCCGAUUAGAGUUUGUCAUUAUGCUUUAGAAUUAUUGAAUGGCGAUGAAAAACUUAAUAAGUUUCUUCUUUAUGAUAAGAGAUUAGCAAUUGAAUCAGAGGUUCAAAUCACAAAAUGGUUUAAUGAGACUGUGGCAAAAAAUCCCGAGCAAAUGCAAGCAGUUGAAAGAAUUGUUGGACGAACAUCGUAUCCGUCGCCUUAUUUAGUUUUUGGUCCACCGGGAACGGGAAAAACUGCCACAAUUGUCGAAGCAGUUUGUCAAAUAAAUAAAAGGGGCAAUAAUGUUUUAAUUUGUACUCCAUCAAAUGCUGCGGCUGAUGAAAUAACAAGGAGACUAUUGAAAUAUAAAAUACCUGAUGACGAUAUUUAUCGUAUGACUAGUAAAUCAGUCGAAAGAAAAAAUAUACCUAAUGAUGUCAAAAUUUGCAUGAAUUUUGAACGUGGAGGAAUUGAAUAUCUUCAUAGUUCGGAAAUUAAAUUUAAAAAAAUAGUUAUUGCAACGCUUGUUUCAAGCGCAAGAUUUUUGCGACUGGGCACAUUAAAUCAUUAUUUUAAUUAUAUUUUUAUUGAUGAAGCAGGUCAAGCAACACAACCUGAAACAAUGAUUCCAUUUGCUAUUACUGAAAAACACAGGAAAUGUCAAAUUGUAAUGUCAGGAGAUCCAAAACAAUUAGGACCGGUUGUAAUGACAAAAUACGGCAAACAUUUGCUUGGCAAAUCGAUGCUUGAACAUUUAAUGGAAAAAAGUGAUCUUUACAAAAAAGAUAACGAUAAUAAAUAUGAUCCAAAUUUUAUAACAAAACUCGUGCAAAAUUAUCGAAGUCACGAGACAAUACUUCGAUUGCCAAACGAUAUGUUCUAUGAUGGUGAAUUAGUUGCAUGCGCCGGGGAAAAUGUUAAAAUAGCCGAAAAUUGGACUAUUUUACCGAAAAAGAAAUUUCCCAUUAUUUUUCACGCAGUACACGGAUACGAAGAGAUAAAUUCAUUACACAGCGUCGCAAAUGAAGAAGAGGCAAAAAUUGUCAUUAAAUAUGUUGAAAAAUUACUCGAUGAUGGAUUUAAUGGUGUUGAAAUUAAUGAAAACAAUAUCGGUAUCGUGACACCAUUUAGAUCACAAACAAGCUUAAUUACAGAAAUUCUCAAUCAAAAAGAAUUAUCCAAUAUUGCAGUUGGAACUGUAGAAAGUUUUCAAGGUCAAGAAAAGGAUAUUAUUAUUGUUUCAUUAGUACGUUCUGCAAUUUUUGAACACGAUGGAAAAUAUCAUGUUGGAUUUUUGUCUGAUGAAAAGAGGUUUAAUGUGACAAUAACACGAUCAAAAUGUUUAAUUAUUGUUAUUGGACAUCCAAAAGUCCUGCAAAUAGAUAAUUGUUGGGGAAAAUUUAUAAAAUAUUGCACAGACAAUAAAGCAUGUCGUGGCGAUAGUUUUCAAUUGUCAAAUGUUUUAUCUAAUAGUGAAAUAAAAAUUCUUCUUAAUAAUAGGAUUCAUGAGACAGAAACAGGUCAGAAAAGAAUUAUGAGGACUUUUACCUUAGGAGAUUUUAUAGUAAAAAAGUAAUUUAAAAUUACUUUUUUUUUGUUUAAAUUGUUUUGCAAGCAAAAGAGAACAUAUUGUUAAAUGAGUUUUAAAAGAAAAAAGAGACAGAAAUCGUUUUUUUUUUUAAAUUCUAAUUUAAUUAGAAAUCAUCUUCAUCAGUGUUAAAUGUAAAAAUUAAUUUAUAAUUUUCCUUUAAUCAUUUUUACAAUAAAUAUUUACU